GCUGAUUCCGACGUUUGUUCAGUCGCAAUAACGAAGCUGUGUCGACGAAGUCAGUGUACAACAUCAUAAACACUGUCCAGAAGUCUUUAUUCCGAUUUUACACACACACACGCACACGAACACAAUCCCACGAAUCACGCCCGCAACAGCACUGCUGCACCGUGGACUGUAACGUUACGUGUGGCAAUUGAUCGCAGUCGAUCGCUUUGUGUGCUGUUGUCGAGUUGUCACUAGUCUCGUGUCUGCGUCCACCGACUCCCCGACGGUUCUUUGCAUUGUCGACGUCCGUGCCUGUCCGCACACGAUACCACACGCCCACAUUUGUCACCGUCACCAUCACCAUCGUACACUCGACAAAAUGGUCUUGUUGAAAACAACCGUUGUCGUCCUACUGGCCGUCGCGUGCGUGUCCGCCGCCGCCGCCAACUCGACCGCCAUCAAGUCGCCGCUAGCCGAUGAUGUCCACCAGGAUAAACCCGAUGUGUCCGUCCAUGCCGAACCAACGAAACCACCAACAAUAAUUACUACAGUACCUACAACGGCUAUACCAAAUAACAGUACUACUACAUCAGUAACGCCUACUUCAAAACCAACCACAACUCCAUUACCAAUUACCACAACUACCUCCACUACUACUGCAUCACCAAAUGUAACAACUACAAAUAAACCAUCAACAACUACACUCUCACCAAGUACAACUACUUUGAGUCCAAAUGUUACGACUGUUAUUCCUCCAACCACUACAGAACCAUCUCCAGCACCUUCUCCGGCUAGAAGUUGGGAUGGUCCAAGUUUCUUAGGUGGCAUGGUCCUAGCUUUUGGUAUAGUUGCAGUCGGAUUUGUUGGAUACCGAUUCUUCUACUUGGGACGUGGAGGUGCCUACCAUACUUUGUGAACAUUGAUAAUCUGAUCAAAUUAUAAAAAAUAUAAUAUUUUUUUUAUAUAUAGGGCUAUUUAAUUUAAUUCAAAAACCUAUAUAAUUGUAAAAAUAUUUUACUGAUUAUUUAUUUAAAAAAUAGAGCACCCUUUCUCAAAAUUCAGUGCUCAUUAUUUAUUUUUUAGUCGCAUAUUUAAAUGCUUCAUACAAAAUUAGGAAUUUGGAAAUCCAUCGUAGAUAUUAGUAUUGUUUAUUCAGUUCAUAUUUGUUUUUUUUUUUUUUUUUUAAAUAAUGAAUAGUUAACAUUUGACAAACUGUUCUUAUUCAAUUUAUUUUGGUGAUAACUAAUGUAAAAUUAUUUUUUAAGUAUUUUUUUAUAUAAUUAAACGCUGUAAAGAUAA